ACGCGCUGGUGAGCAUUUGAAAAUGGCCCUAUCUAGACACCAUAAUAUACAGUAUAUAUCAACCGUAGAGAAAUUACGCCUUUAUUUUUCGUAUUGAGAGGACAAAAUAAGCUGGAGUUAGUGUAAGUCACGGAUAUUAGUCCACAAGCCAUUCAUUAGUUCUGACAAUGAGUAAUAUAACAGACUACUACAAUAAGGUUUGUAAGAUGUACGACAAGAGGAGACGAGUAGCGGACGCCUACGUUCACAAAUCCCUGAUGGAGAAUUUUACCGGAAAGAGCAUUGGUGACAUGGAUAUUCUGGACGCUGGCUGUGGGACUGGAAACUACGCGUGUUAUUUGCUGAACCACGAACCCCGCAGUUUGACUCUUGUUGACGCCAGUGACGGGAUGCUUAGCGUGGCCAGAGAGAAACUACAGUCCCCAAAUCUGAAGACCAAGCUUAGCUUCAAAACAGGAGUGCUUCCCAAUAUUCCUUUUGAAGAUAAUUCUUUUGACAGCGUUAUGAUGAAUCUGGUACUACAUCAUUUAGAGAUAAAUCCUGAUGGAAAAUCGUAUCCAAACAUAGCUAAAACGAUUAAAGAAGUUUAUCGAGUUUUAAAACCAAGAGGUGCGUUGACCGUUACCACUUUAACUCCUGAGCAAUUUGAGGCCUACUGGUUUUGUCAUUUGGUUCCAGGAGCAAUGAAACAAUACGCCAAGAAAUUCCCCUACCAUAAGCAGAUGAAAGACAUGUUGACCGAGGCUGGGUUAACACUGAAGACGGCUCUCAACAUGUUAACAACAGAUUAUCACCCCGGACACGAUAAUUUGGAAGGACCAUUACAAGAAGAUUGGAGGAAUCAUUUAUUAUUUUGGGACACGUGCUCUGAGACCGAAAUUCAAGACAUGGUGCAGAGAGUGCAGAAAAUGAAGGAGGAGGGAACUCUGCGUGACUUUUAUAACACUCACGAGAAAACUCACAUAUUCGGGGCAUUGCAAAUUCUUGCCGCCCAAAAAUAAAUGUUAAAUGGUCAUGUAGUUGAGCUAUACAGGUUGUUGAUGAGCAUGCACUGUAAGAUCCUCUUGAAUUUGAAUUCAUCGGUAUAUUUUAUAAUAAAAAAACCCCCCACAUUAUCGUUUUAAGGUAGGACAAAACACCCGUGGAUUCCAUUUUAACCAAUUUCUUGAAAGUACCGGAGAAAAAAAGAAUAAGAUUACUAUAUUGACAACAAUGAAUGAUCCCUGUAAGAAAAAUAAUAAGUUUUGGCAUGUUUGCGUCAUAUUUUGUGAAAAAUCAGAGAAUCCUAUAUGUUGGUCACUUGCGGGCUUACAUUUUGGAAUGUUUUUAUGCUAACUAAGUGUAAUAAACAAGCAUGUAACAGUC